AUGUCCCUACCCAAGAACUACAGACCAAUUGCCCUAUUAGAAACCCUGUCUAAGCUCUUGGAGAAAGUCAUUACCACCCGACUCACUUUUGAGGCUGGUAAACACACUCUCAUCCCUCAUAGCCAAUUUGGAGGGAGGGAUAUCACAUCUUGCACCGAUGCAGGGAUCUGCAUGAUCCAUGACAUCAAAACUCACUGGAAGUCAAAUCACAGGGUCUCAUCACCCCUUGACGUCUCUGGAUACUUUAACAAUGGACCACAGCAGACUUAUAUACACCUUAGACCGCAUGGGAUACUCCAACCAGAUUUGCAAUUGGCUCAAGUCAUAUCUCAGCCACAGAACCGCGCAGUUCAGGGUUGA